AUGACUAUGAGCUAUAUUAAGAUAGAUAUCGAAUUCAAUAUGAGGUUCCUUUUAAACGAAUUCAUGGAAACUCGACCAGAAAUCGACUCCAAAUCAUUGAAGUUCGGUCACCACGAGUCGACAUUCACCAACAUGGAAGUGUUAAACGAGUUGAGCGAAAACGACCAAUUCAAAAAACCGUACGUAUACUACUACAACUACCUCAACAAAAUGAUCAAAGGUCGUCUCGUCGAAGAAAURGCUGUCAGUUUCGCACCCCUAAUUGCAAUGCGUCUCGCACAAGAGCUGAAAUCGACUGUCUUAUUCCCGACCAAAUCCAUGGCUGUCCCGAAAACCAACGCUUAUAUUGCUCCCGGAGUACAAGCCAAGAUUUACAACACAGUGUUUAACGACUUGAGCGGCACCAACAAUAUUCAAAAGAUGGUCAACUAUACCGUCAACAAUGAUCAAACUGAAAUGAUCUUCUGUUUUACAUCUUUCGACCUGAGAGGCAACAAUGAAUGGGCUCUGGAAUACAACACCGGAAACGUGUACAAUGGAAAAGCUUCAUUCGCCAUAGAAAACAUGCAAACCAUGAUCGUAGUCACUAAACCUAACGGACAAGGAGAGAUUACGAAGAAAUUCUCAAAGACCACCGUCAAUGGGCUCACAGUUUUGUUGCAUAAUGAUAACAACUGCGAAACGAUCAGAGAUUUCGCCCAUCAGCGUAUCCCGAAAGUCUUGGAAAAUAGCUUACAGACAUUCAUMAAAGAGCAAGCCGAGAUGGUAUUGGGUAACCAAUUCGCCCUUAUUGGCUUGAAAUAUAAAAAUUGA